ACAUGGCUGCCUCCUGUGCAGCAGCAAGUGAACUUCUUCACAAUGUUAAUAAACAAAUAAAAUUAUUGUUUCCAAAGACUUCGUGUGUAAUUCGGCGAAUAAGCACAACAGCGGACAGAUGGGACAGUCCAACACAAGUGAAGACAAAACGCUCUCCACAGCAGCUGGUCGGGGUGGUGGGAUUAGAAAUCCAUGCUCAGAUUCACUCCAACACCAAGCUGUUUUCUGGCUCAGCGGUUCGCUUCUCAUCACCUCCAAACUCCCUGGUGUCAUUCUUUGAUGCAUCCUUACCUGGCACGUUACCUGUCCUCAACAAACGAUGCGUCGAGGCAGCAGUCAUGACAGGAUUGGCUUUCAAUUGUACCAUUAACAAGAAGUCCCUUUUUGACAGGAAACACUACUUCUAUGCUGACCUCCCAGCUGGAUACCAGAUCACCCAGCAGAGGCGGCCCAUUGCAGUAGAUGGCAUACUCACCUACAGCCUCCUUGGAGGGUUAAAAAGAAACCAGGUGCUUAAAAAAACAGUUCGCAUCAAACAGGUUCAGCUUGAGCAGGACAGUGGCAAGAGUCUCCAUGAUGACCUGCAGAGCCAGACGCUCAUAGACCUCAACAGAGCAGGUGUAGGUCUAAUGGAGCUGGUGAUGGAGCCCGACAUGAGCUGCGGAGAGGAGGCUGCUGCAGCUGUCAGGGAGCUUCAGCUCAUCCUACAAGCCCUGGGCACCUGUCAAGGCAACAUGUCUGAGGGCCAGCUGAGGGUAGACGCCAAUGUGUCAGUACACAGACCGGGUGAGCCUCUGGGCGUCAGGACCGAGGUGAAGAACAUCAACAGCGCCCGGUAUCUGGCCAGGGCUAUAGACUACGAGAUCCAGAGACAGAUUGAUGUCCUGCAGAGAGGGGGAACGGUACAAAAUGAGACUCGAGCGUAUGAUUCCAAAUCAGGGGAGACCAUUCCUAUGAGAGACAAAGAGGGUCUUCAAGACUACAGGUUUAUGCCAGAGCCUAACCUGCCCCCUCUGAUCGUGUAUGAGGAUAACGCAUCGCUGCUGCCUGGCGCUGAUGUGUGCCAGGCGGUGGUGGUGCACGAGAUAAGAGAAAGGCUGCCGGAGCUGCCCAGCGUGAAGAGAGACAGGCUGGUGCGGACAUACGGCAUCCUGCCCGAGCACAGCUUUACUCUGGUGAAUGAGGAAGGGCUGGUGGAGUACUUUGAGGCAGUGCUCAGGGAAACUAAGAAGGAGCCGAGGAAGGUGAUUGGCUGGGUGACAAAUGAGCUGCUGGGUCAGCUGAAGCAGCAAGACAUGAGUGUGAGCCAGAGCCCAAUCUCAGCGUCUGCCCUGGCUGAGCUGCUGGAACUCCAGGAAACAGGACGCAUCUCAUCCUCGGUCGCCAAGCAGGUGUUUCAGGAGAUGUGGACGUCGUCAGGUAAGACGGCCCCGCAGAUUAUCCAAGAAAAGGACCUGGGGCUUGUUAGCGAUGCUGAGCAGCUGCACAACAUCUGUCAGAAAGUUGUGGACUCGAACCCUGAUGAGGUCCAUGCCAUCAGGAAUGGGAACAAAAAAGUUCUGAACAAGCUGAUGGGCUUAGUGCAGAAAGAGACCAAAGGACGAGCCGAUCCGGUUCUGGUGAGGACGAUUCUUCAAGAGAAGACUUCAUCAUGAAUCACUGUCACACAGUCGUCUUCUAGAUAUCGAGUUCAGUUGUGUGUAUUAUGUUCUGCAUGUUUGAGUGGAAGAAAAAAGACAAAUAACAGAUGUUUAUGUGAAUGUGAAGCAAAAUAGAGAGCAUAGACCUGAUACACGUGCAUCAUUGUUGCUGCUAAAGCCUUGUCAACUUUGAUACGUUACUUCAUCUGUAUUUAUGAUCACACUGCUGCUGGCUGUUCAUGGAAACUGAAACAUGUACCUUUUGUAAAUAAAAAUUUUUGACA